AUGCUACCCAAAUUUAAGUUGGUUAAGUGGGCGGCAGGCACUGCCAUAACCGGAGGCAGUAGCCUAGCACUUUUGGUAUACUACAUCACGUCCGACAUCCAAUACGUGCCCGUAUCCGCCAAUGACCCUAUCUUCCGCUCCAAACACUUCCAGGAGUAUAAUCCCAAUGGCAAUCCCACGGUUCACGAUUUGCAUAUCGCCAGAGUGCCCUUAAAACAGAUCCGUCCUCAACUUCUUGAGGAUCCGAACAAGCUUCUGGAAAGAUAUUGCGGGGGAAUCUGGGCGGGAGCUGGUAAGCCUCGUGGCAUUAUAGCAUCAUCCUCUUCAGACUUUUCAGCCCCUCUCCUCCCCCUUCUCCUGCAAUAUAUGGUGUCUCUGACCCUAGACCCUUGUCACACCUCAGGCUUUGCCCCACAAAGACUCCUCCACACGUGGUUCGACCGAGGCGAGUCGAGCCGCGCCCAGCUGUGGUCCACCUUCGAACUUUUCCAGUCCGAUUACGAGGUAGGCACCGAUAUUGUGGGCAACUUUGAAGUGGUAGAUCGGUCCAAUGAGUCCCUUCUGAUCCGGGCCGGGGAUAAAACCUCCAACAAGGGGCUGCGUCCUCUCGACGCCCUGAUCGAGGUUGCCUUUCACAUCGAUCAAGAAAGUAAAGUGGCGGUUUUUAAGUUCAAGUCGCUAUUCUUCCAAGGGGCCGGGACGACAAGUAAUCUCCCGAUGCAGGGGCCCAUGGUGUGGUUGCAUGAGCUCUACGCAAAAAUCCUGUUGAAAUCCGGUGUCUGGCAUGUUCUUAGGUAG